GUGCCUGGAAAGGGUUCGUUUCUGUCAUGUGACAUGUGACGUCACCCCUGGAGGGAGGGGGCGGGUUCCCAUCAUGGCGUCAAUGCAGAAACGGCUCCAGAAGGAAUUGUUGGCUUUACAAAAUGAGCCACCACCCGGAAUGACAUUAAAUGAAAAGAGUGUUCAGAAUUCUAUUACGCAGUGGAUCGUAGAUAUGGAAGGGGCACCAGGAACGUUAUACGAAGGAGAGAAGUUUCAACUUUUAUUUAAGUUCAGCAGUCGAUAUCCCUUUGAUUCUCCUCAGGUUAUGUUCACCGGUGAUAAUAUCCCUGUCCAUCCUCAUGUUUAUAGCAAUGGUCAUAUCUGUUUAUCUAUUUUAACGGAAGACUGGUCUCCUGCACUAUCGGUGCAAUCCGUGUGUCUUAGCAUAAUCAGCAUGCUAUCUAGCUGCAAAGAGAAGAGAAGACCUCCAGAUAAUUCCUUUUAUGUAAGAACAUGCAACAAAAAUCCAAAGAAAACAAAAUGGUGGUACCAUGAUGACACAUGUUGAUGCCAGUUUCAAGAUCCCCCUAGAAGAAGAUAUCCUACUGAAUACAUGAGCACUUUGAUCCUUCAGGUCUUUGAACUUUAAACUUUGACUGAAGGUGACCGAAUGAAAUGAAGACUACUUCCUUUUUACUGCAUUUUUACUAGUGUGCAUUGUGGCGCAUGUUGAUAGCUGUCUCAGCACAUGCAGCUGACAUGCUUUGUUAGUCAUACUGGAUAAAUGCAGAUGGCAGGACAAAAUUCCAUUUUACUUUCUCUUACGCUUUCCAAGAUUUCCCAGGUCCUCAUGUAUUGUGCAAUAACGAUGAUAAAUGCAUGAACGGGCCUCCUGGAUAUGUUUACCAAAUGCAUCGGGAUAAGAAGGCUUCCAGCAUUACAUUGCCAUCCAUGACACCGGGAUACCUUGCACUGUGAUCGUGAAAAUGGCUCCGUGGUUGAACAUGUUUGACCUCAAGGACUGCGAAACAGGAACUCUGUAUAUUUAUUACCUUGUUUCCUUUAUGUCGGGUGGCUUUGUGAAUGGACAGGUACAAGAAUAUCAAUCCCAUGCAGUAAAGUAUAUAACUGUAUAUAGCUGUUGAUGCAGUUUAGAGUAUAGUGUGUGAGAUAUGCUAGGUUCUAGAUAACAUUAGUGGACAACUUACCUGUGCACACCUGACACAGUCAUUUUGUGGACUCGGACACCACCCACGAUUCCUUGGUUUCUUUUUUUUUAGUGGGGGAAAAAGAGGCAGUGUUAAGUUCAAGAACAGUCCACAAAUCUCCACCGGGAAGGUCUCAAUUACUUUUACUGUGGGUGUGACGAGGCUUAUUUUGUUUUCUGUAAGCCAGCUUUGUUACUUCAGCCCACAUAUUUCUCCAUAUACUCCAAUGGAGAGUCUAGUAAUGGACCAGUGAUACUACUCUUAUCACUCACAUCCUGUUUGGUCAUGAGCCUCCGUUAUCAAAGUGUCUGGUGAAGGAGCUAUUGUCUGUGUUAUCCAUAGUAAACAUUUCAUUUCCCUCUUUAGUAUGGGAGUGUGGAAAGAUGUCUCUGGUUGCUAUGGAUAGACCAGAUUUUUUUCAAAUCCUGCCUCAUUCCAUCCAAAACAGAGCAUUAAUUUUAGGCAGGGUUGCUCUUUCCCCUCAGCCUUUCGGCAUAAUAGGGAGCUGGAGACAUGGGUAAAUUGGCAGGCUGCAAUUUGAUGCACAAUUUGGGCCUACAUAAAGGUGGCACCAUUGUAUAUAGGUGAGGGUAAAACUAUUCAGGGCUUUAUAUGAGAAUUGGUGGCAGACUUAUCUAGGCCUGGGUACCACAUCUAGCUUUUUCUUUUCAUUCAUGUUUAGUUAUGUUUUCAUCAGCUUGAGCCCUGCUCUGUCAAGUAUUUGUUGGGAAAAAAAAAACACAUUUGUCACUUUUUUUUUCUGGUCAUUGUUGUAAGUCAUGAUUAAUGUAAUACAAAAUCUUAUUUAGAGAGAGAACCUUGUCAUAUAUAAUUUUUUUGUCUUCAUUCCUAAAAACAGUAGAACCCUUAAAGUCAAAUUGAGGUAUCUUUUUCGAGAAAUGAGAUGAAAUUUUUUCUUAACCCAAGCAAUUCAGCCAACUCUCUCUUUCUCAUUUUUUAAAUCGGUUUAUAGUUGAUAGUUGUUUUCACAAAAAAAAAAAAAACUUUUUAUACAGUACUGACUUAGUUCAGCUCUUAUAGCAAGAUCGCAGUCUAUGGCUUACAUUUACGUAUAUAAUACCAAGGCUGUUAGUAAUGUUUAGUGAUUAUAUUUCCAGAGCCAUCAUUUCAAAUAAUUGUAGUGUGUGUAAAGGCAAGGUUUUAGCUUUGAAUGGAAUGUAGAAGGGUUAGACCCUCCGCCAAGUUUUCAUUGCAGUCUGUGUCCAUGAUGUGGCGAUUCACCCCUCCCUAUUUGUCUUGAUGACCAUUGUGACUGAAACAAAAUGGAAAUCCUAAAUUUCAGAGCUAUAAAAGCAAUAGAUGAGGGGAAGUCUUCCAAAUGAGACAAAUGUUCGGUUGAGAGUUUUACAAGAUGGGAUUUCCUUCAACUUCCUGUUGUGUCUGGAGGAAUUUGAGGUAUACUGAAUAUCCCCAGCAAGACGCAAACUGCAAAAAAUCUAAUGGGCUUUUUAACCCUUCUACAUUCUAUUCAAAAAAGUUUUUUUUGCUCUUCAUACACGUUAAAGCUUUAAAAUAUACUUUACAUAUGCCAAAAUGAUUUUUGUCCUUCACUAACUUGUGAGACCGCUGUGUUCGUGCCGAGACCUUCCUGUCUCAUACCCGGAACACAUUAGAGUCUAUCUGAUCUGCCGUUCAGAGAAAGCAAUGUAUUCUAGCAAUGAAUACAAAGCUUCCUCUGAUUGAUUGAGUCAGAGAGGCAGGCUGAUGAUAUCACAAGCUCUGACUUAGCCAAUCAGAGGAAGCUUUGUAUUCAUUGCUAGAAUACAUUGUUUUCUCUGAACGGCUGAGCUGCACUCAGACAGACUAUUGUGUUCGGGGCAUGAGACGAGAAGGUAUCGCUCGAACCCAGAACACAGCUCGGUAUACUGUAUAUAGAUAGCAUCAGCUACUUACAGUAUAUACCGCACAUCUAGGGACAUCGUUUGUUUGGGCCAGCUUGGCCCAAAAAUACUAUGUAAAGUGUAUUAAAUGUUGAGCUUUAAUGAAGAUGCCACAUAUGAAUUGUCGUUGCUAGAUGCAAGCAUCCUAUAAAACGUUAUUGGUUGGGUGUAAAAUAACUCAUUUUACUUACACAAUGAAAACCUGUCUUUCUCAGUUACCACCAUUUAUUAAAGUGUUCAGAUUGUAUUUGACUUUCCAACUUUUUAUUGAAAGUGGAUGGUCUAAAAAAGACUGUAGGGCUUCAGGAAUCCAGUACACUACUUUUAUUCCAGUUCUUUAGAUUAGCCAGUAAAUAGUUAUCAGUGUCUAAUCUUGCACCAUGUUAGCCAUUCACAAAUGUGGCCUUAAACUGCUGCCUUUUCAUUGGCUAACUUCUCAAUAAAAAGUAUUCUAAACCGGGUAUCUUUGUUGACAGGCUGUUGAAAGGAAAAAAGGGUUAUGACUGUUAAGCAUUUUUGGCCUUUGCAAAGUCAGCCCCCCAAAUGGAACAGUUUGAUGUUACUUAGAUAACGCUAAAACUUGUCGUUUUGCACCACAACAGUCUUACUCUUCUGUACUCCUUAAAUUAGUUACCAAAAAUAUAUCUGCAUAGACAGGGAUGUUUUCAAGAAUGAUGGGUGACUGCGAUCUGUCCUUGAGCAAGUCUGUGUAGCUCUGUGACCUGGUACAAUUCUCCCCUGGCUAUUAAAGUGGAACACACAUUGUACUUUGCAUCAAUACUCUUCUAGCUAUGGGCCUACUUGAAGUGAGAUUUUCCAACAGGAGAUACUCAAAAUCAGGAGUAUAUUUUACCAUUAUCUGCCUGCUAAGCAUAUGUAUAAGACUACAAAACAACCAAUUUGUGCAUCUGUUGCACACAAUCCGAUUGUACAAGUGGGAUAAAAAAGCCUCCCCUAGCUGAACACUAUUAUAAUUGUCAUUUUAAAUUGUUUUUAAAACUUUCCUAGUUGAUUGAUCUUUUCUUUUGGUUGGAAAUGGAACUUUUAUCAGAUGUGUGUCACACUUAUCAAAUGUCAGCAGAGUAGUCACAGGUGAGUCUUGGCAUACUAUUGAGGGACGGCAAGACGCAUCGCCACUCGUCAUCCUCCACUGGACAUCUGCGCUCAUUCUGUAGUUUAUAGGCUCCAUUCUCCUUGUAUUUAAAGAAAAUGAAAAUAUAUUUAUUAUAAAUUAAUAUUUGUUCAGACGUCUGAAUGUGACACAGUUGUAUCUGUGAUUCUGUAGUAUAGAAGCUAUUACGGCUUCUUUACACAAUAUGCAGAACACUCUCAAGUGAAACACUGUGACCAGUUAUUGUCUUGUCCAGGCUAUUGAGUGAUCUUUAGACUUUGAAUGAAGGAGGCAGAGCAGAGCUGGCAGCUAUGAAAGUCUCUUGACACCAGAAAAUGCUGUUGCUCUAAUCCAACUAAUUGUUGGGUUUUAUGGAAUAUUCUUGGUCAAAUAAAUUAUUUUCCAUAUGUUA